AUGGAUGAAUUUCAGAUUUUACCAGGACAACAUUUUACAGCUAGUGAAUUACGAGCUCUUUAUAGAGCAUUUAAGGAUACGUUACCUAUUUGUCGAGAUUCAUUCCGUGAUAUAUAUGCUAAUAUUUUUCCUCACGGUGAUGCUGAACAAUUUGCUGAUUUGAUAUUUGAUAGUAUCGUACGUCAACAUGCCGAAUGUGUUACGUUUACGGACUUCGUUGGUGUAUGCUCAACUUUGCUCAGGGGAACAGUAGAGGAAAAAUUAAAUUGGAUCUACAAAUUAUAUGAUCCCAAAAAUACUGGUAAAAUUGGAUGGGAACGAAUUUUUAGGAUUAUCACCGCUAUUGAUGACUUAAUUGGAACCAAAGCAAUUCCAAUAGUAUCACCGGAACAGCGAGUAGAACAAGCUAGACAAAUUAUACAGAAGUUUGAUCACGAAAAUAAGGGUUGGAUAUCACGGGAAGAUUUUAUGAUAGUGUGCAGCCAAGAUGAACGUAUUCUCCAGUCAAUUUCAACACUCUGCUCAUCAAUUAUGAUAAAAUAG